AAAAUUUAGUUCAUUUAUUUAUUGCAGCAGAAAUUAAAAGCGCAGCUUGUAAAUUUCUUAUAAAAGGUUUAUUAAACUGUAUUUAUUAAUAAAUUAAAAUGUUUUGUUGCUUGCGUACAUGUUUCAAUCAAAAUAUGAGGAAAACAGGUUCCUCCUCAAACAGUAAAAUUCGUGAACCAGACAUAUAUCUCGAUUCAUCGUUUGCGGGCCCUGAUGUUAUAUUAUUGUCAAGACAGCUGCGCAUUACUGGCUCUGGUGGCGCUUUGGCCACUGCACCACUUGUACAAUCCAAAUCUUACUUCGAAAUAAAAAUACAACAGGGUGGCAGUUGGUCGGUCGGUUUAGCAACGCGUCAGGCAGAUUUAACGAAAAAGCUUGGUGGCUGUGAUAAGGAAUCGUGGUGUCUUUGUUCAGAUAAUGCAACACGUCACAACGAUGAAACUUUCCAUCCAGUAGUAGUGACCACACAAGAACCGAUAAGCAAUGGCAAUAGCAUUAUUAAGGAUUCUGCAGCGGCAGCAGGCCUCAUUGGCAUUGAAGAUGUACCUGAAGAUAAUUUACUUGGAGAUUCUCUUACUGUUAGUAGUAACUGCGAUGAUAGCCUUAUUGCACAACCGCAACAUAAUUUCCCCGAUGAAGGUGAUAUCAUUGGAGUAGCAUUCGACCAUAUAGAAUUAAAUUUCUAUUUUAAUGGUAAAAAUUUGGAAGUGCCGUUUCGUAAUGUCAAGGGCGCCGUGUAUCCGGUUAUAUUCGUGGGUAAUGGUGCUAUUGUGGACAUUAUUUUGGACAACUUUCACUACGGUGCGCCGCCGGGUUUUGAAAAGAUUAUGCUUGAACAAUCUCUGCUCUAAACAUAACUGAUUUGAAGACUUCUACGUUUCAUGUAAUUACCGUGUGCUAUUAAAGUAAAGCAGCCGUCAUAUUGUAUUAUACAUUAAAUUGUUAAAUCAAGUAUAAUUUAUUAACAUGUAAAUAUGACCUAUGACCUCUCGUAUUAUUACUGAAACGAACACAUUAAUUCUUACUCUAUAUUAUGUACUAGUCAAUGACCAUUUCCAAGUAUUAAACUAUCUAAUCUGCAUUUCGUCACAAAAAUAGUGAGAUUAUAUAAGAUUAAAAAAAAAAAACUUUACUUAUUAGUUCUAUUAGACUUCUAUAAAAAGACUAUUUGUAUUUAUUUUAUAUAUGCUAUGUACUUUUUACACACAUAUUUUUUGUAAUACUAUAAAAUUGCUUUAUGCUAAGAUAAUAAUGUUAAGCAAAUAUUGUUAAAAUAGUUACAAUAAAUAUAAUUAAGCUUAUGAAAUUAUACAAAUAUUAAGUAUAACACAUUUUGCUUGCACUAUAAAUAAUCUUACUACCCAUUACUUAUACAAUACAUUGGAUUAUUAUGUGAAAAUAUAUCCAAUUAGAAACAACAAAUCUAAUAUUCGUAUGGAUCCUAACCUAAAAUGUCUGCGAAAAAUAAUAUUGAAGUUACAAAUAUACGAAUGGGUCACUUAAAAUAACUGUAAUGAUAAUAUAAAGAAUUAUGUUUGUAUGUAUAUAUUCUUCAGAUGUUAAUAAUAAACAGAUAUUUUGAUGUAAGUUCAA